GACUCACCACUCCAGGUCCCCCUCACUCCUCUCUCGUAGGCGUCUCCCAGGGUAUAUAAGGGCGGCUGUGGCGGGGAGGUGACAGUAGCUCACACCUGCCCAACACUGACAGUCAUGAAGACCUUCAUCAUCGUGGUGGCGGCGGCGCUGGCUGCUGGUCAACAGUUCCAGCAGACGAGGGACUUCACUCCUGCCGUCAGGCUUGCUGAUCAAGGAUUCUUCCAGCAAACAGGAAGGACCUCUUUCAUCCCCCAAGAUAGCAACAAUCAGUUCCAGAGUUCCUCCUUCCAGUCCAACAGCAACUCACAAAACACUCAGAGAGACAACCUCGGAUCUGGUUUUGUUGGCAGCAGCGUCUCCAGCCAGUCUGGCACAUUCCUUGACAGUAAUCAGUUCCAGUCAAAUGAAGCAAACAGAAACCUGUUGAGGAACAGGUUAUUCCAGCAGAACCAACGCAACACCUUCAACUCCAACGAUUUCCAGCAAAGCAGUGGAAGACUCUUAAAGUCAGACGCCACGCAGAAAAAUAUUGAUAGCCGUGUCCAGUUAAACAACUUCCAACAGAAUUCAGACAACACCUUCCAGAGCAGAACCUCACAACAAAAUAGAGACAAUACAUUCCAGACAUUCACUUCUCAGCCUAAUACCGGUAACCGUUUCCAGUUUAAAACUAAUCAACAAAAUACUGGCAGAAUUACUCAGGAAAACUCUAACCAGCAGAAUACUGGCGCUCGCUUCCAGGACAGAUUCAACCAACAGAAUGCCGCUAGCCGCUCCCAGAUCAACACCAACGAUCGCUUCACCCAACAAAAUCAAUUCCAGGGUAAUGCUUUCCAGAGAUCUGGAUCAUCAUUUGAGAAUUCCGACGACACCAUCAGCGGCUUCUAUGAACCUCUGAACCUUCCUUCUGGCGCCAGCACACUGUUGGGAGGUAUUUCUACGUCGUUCAACUGUCUUGACCGUCCCUACGGCUACUACGCUGACCAAGACAACGCCUGCCGCGUCUUCCAUGUGUGUAAUCCCGCCCUCUUCUCUGGCGGCGCUGUCCAGACUUUCCAGUACAGUUUCAUGUGCGGCGAGGGAACCGUGUUCGACCAGAAGGAGAUGACCUGCGUGAUGGAGUCGUCGGCCACCCCCUGCCAGGAAGCCUCCAACUACUACGUCAGGAACCAAGAGUUCGGUCGUCUCGAGGACAGGCAGUUCUGAACACCAUGACGAAAAGUUGUGAAUAUUUCCAACUGAGGUUCCAAGACACUGUACAACUCCGGCAGUUUACAACUCUCCAUCACUCACGAAAUAUGACGACAUAGAAACUGUAAAUUAUAGUCUCUGAAUUUACGAAAUAAAUGAUAAUUAUUUA